AUGGUCAAAGGCGUGGACACCAGCGAGAUACGACAAUGGCGCUCAAUACUAACGUUGAUAGUCUUUGUACUCGCCAACAUUCUCGUACUAUGGCCAUUUCACAUGCCCAUCUACAUCCCGAAAUCCCUCGUCAAUUUAAUAUGCAGAUUCGCGGUCAAACUACGGGUUAUUCCCCCGAGCACGCAUCAUGCGAUUCUUCAUGAUAACCCGAGAUGUUCCAAGUAUUUUGUCAAGGUCACUUUUCCCGUCAAUUUCAUCACUGCGCCUUUGAUUGCGGAUCUCUUCCUACUAGCUAUUUCUGCGAUAGGACGCCAAGAGGUUUACGAUGGGACGAUAGGCGCUGAUAAUAUCCACCCGAUUGAUAUAAUGGUCUUCUUCAUCACUCUGGCUUACAUCGCUAUCUCUAUCGAUGCAUCGGGUAUCAUUCGAUGGCUGGCCUUCAAGGUGUUGUCGUGGGGAGGAAAAGUUGGCCAUCGACUCUUCUUCUACCUUUAUUCAUUCUUCUUUCUACUCGGCAGCUUCAUCGGCAAUGAUCCCAUCAUCUUAUCUGGAACGGCAUUCCUCGCGUAUAUGACGCGCGUAUCGAGCAACAUCACGAGUCCGCGAGCAUGGAUCUUUACUCAGUUCGCAAUCGCCAACAUCGCCUCAGCAAUUCUCGUCUCGUCAAACCCAACCAACCUCGUCCUCGCUGGGGCCUUCGACAUCAAGUUCAUCGUCUACACCGCCAACAUGAUAGUCCCAGUCGUCGUCACCGCCGUUGUCCUCUUCCCGUUUCUGCUCUACGUCAUCUUCGCUGACGAAAAGCUUAUCCCUUCCAAGAUUGAGAUGCACAGCUUACCAGAAGAGGCUAGAGCCCAACGGCCCGUGAACCCCAACAUCCCCUACGUGCAGCACCAAGUCGAAGACGCCGAAAGUGCAGGCGAGGGUAUGACGCUGUCACUUGCGUACAUUAUGAAUCCUUUUCUUGACAAGAAGGGCGCCAUGUUUGGUGCGCUAAUUAUGUCCGCGACGCUCAUUACUGUUCUGGCUCUCAACGCUGCUAGUGCCGGAACUGGAGAGCACCCUGUUUUCUGGGUGACUCUCCCAGCAGCGUUUGUCAUGUUCUGUUGGGACCUUGGUUUUGGGUGGUUGCAUCGCAAGGAGACGCGGCAGACGGCCGCUCAUUAUCGACGAGAGAUGGAGCGUGCGAGAGCUGAACGCGCAAGAUUUGCGGCGGAAUAUGCUGGCACUUCACAGGAUAAGUCUGAACCUGAUACCGACACGGUGACUGGUCUUCCUGAUAACCAAGCCUCGGAAGAUUAUGGCCAGUCUCAUGGCAUUUCGCUCACUCCGUUACAAACCUCCAAUGACCAGCCCAGCUCACAGUCUAUCCCCAAGGUGAUUUUAUCAAACACAGCCGGAAACAGUCCUGUCAUCAUCUCAGGAUCAUUACCUCAAUCACCCAACUCAGGUCCAUCAUCGCCAAGCGAUCAAAACACAUUGCAUCCCGGGGCUUUAUCAACACUACCAAGUCCUCAAAUGGAACCAGAGAAGCUCGAGGCUGCUCGACCCAUGAAAACAGAACCCGAGGAGAGAUCGACUCUUCUAUCCGAGGCUAGAAAAGGCUAUGCGUCGCUCGAAAAGGCUUACUUGUGGCUGCAAGAGACAUUCCCAACAGUCAUGGCCGUCAUGGCUCAUCUUCCGUUCGCCUUAGUCCCGUUUGCCUUCGCCAUGUUUGUACUAGUCCAGGCACUAGUGAGUAAGGGCUGGGUCAACGUAUUUGCAUAUGGCUGGUAUCAUUGGUCCAAGCGUACUGGCACCGUGGGAAGUAUUGGAGGAAUGGGCUUCCUUUCGUGUGUCUUGUCCAACUUUUCCGGCACUAACAUUGGUACCACUAUCCUGCUAUCACGCAUCAUCCAAGCUUGGAAAGAAAUCAACUGCCACGACGCCCAACUCAUCAGCGACAGAACAUACUGGGGCACAAUCUACAGUAUGGCCGUCGGAGUCAACUACGGAGCAUUCAGCACCGCCUUCAGCGCAUCACUAGCCGGUCUUCUCUGGAGAGAUAUCCUUGCUCGAAAGCACAUUCACGUGAAGAGCCACGAAUUCGCCCGAGUCAACUUCCCCAUCAUUGCUAUCUCAAUGGCUGUUGGCUGUCUGAUAUUGGUGGGAGAGGUCUACAUCGUGCGGGACAACUCACCAUACUCCACAUUUGAAAAGGCUUGCCCGAAUAAUUAA